AAUGAAGGGCGAUCCCCCCCCGGCAGAAGCGAAAGCAGCCGGCAGCUCGUCGGGGGAAGCAGCUGAGAGGCAGACGCGACCCCCUCCCCGCCCAGCUGGAGACUUGCUCAGAAAUUUCUCCCGGGUGUUUUGUGCCGUACGACGUUGUCUGGAAAUGGCUGGAAGCAUCCGAGGUUUUGAACGGAGGAUCGUCCUGGUGGGCAAAACCGGCAACGGGAAAAGCGCGACGGGAAACACCAUCCUAGGACGCCAAGUCUUUCAGUUUGGGAUGUCGCCCAACUCCAUCACCUUCACCUGCCGACGGGAGGAGGCGCAGCGGCAGGGCAGGAACAUCGUGGUUGUGGAUACGCCCGGCUUCCUCGACACGACACGUCCCCAGCGAGAAAUCUCCGCCGAAGUGAGCAAGUGUGUGAGCUUUUGCACCCCGGGCCCGCACGUCAUUCUGCAAGUGAUCCGCCCCGGCCGUUUCACCCAGGAGGAGAAGGACGUGGCUCGGCUGAUCAAUGAGAUCUUCAAACUCAAUGCCAAGAAGUACAUGAUCCUCCUGUUCACCCGGAAAGACGACCUAGAAGAUAAAUCUCUGGACGAAUUCCUAUCCGAGGGAGAUGCUUCCCUUCUGGAUCAAGUGUCGCAGUGUGGGUACCGCUACCUGGCGUUCAACAACAAGGCCCAAGGGACAGAACGGGAAAUUCAGGUGGCCAACCUGAUGACCAUGAUUGACGAGCUGGUGCAGACGAACAGGGAUGCUCCUUGUUACACGCAAGACAUGAUGAGAACAGAUAAACGGCAGCUGGGCGGGCGUUUUUCCUGGUUGUGCCCUUUUUUCUGACGGGCACGCGAAAGUCCAACGGAGCCUCGGCGCCAAUUGCAAAACUUCAUGGCCUCCUGUCCCCCCAUUCUGUCUUCCGGUGACCACCGAAGAACCCGAGAUUCGCGAUGGAGUCUCCCCGAUCCAAUUCGCUCUCCUGAGAACCUGGUUCCUCCCCUCGGGCGAAAGGACUUCUUCUUCCAAUCCCAUUCCCCCGAUAUCAACCGGACCCACAGCUGAAUUCUCAACCAGCCUGGACCCAUGCCCCUUUGGGACUUCCCCAUCUGCCAAUCCUUCGAGGUAGACCAGGCCGAGAAACCACCGACACAAGAAAUAUUAGACCUGACUGGUGCAGAAUAUAGUAGCAGAAUCUUGAAAACGUCUCCCCUUCGCUCCGGCUGGCACUGAAGAACAUCAAGGCAGGAGAGCCUUGAGGUUCUUCCUCAGCCCUUCCUGUUUUCCUGAGGGGAAUUCACGUCGUCCUAACAGCUGCCGGAUAUUUUCCGCAAGGCCAUCUCUGUGGUCCUUUACAUACACCAGGGGUCCCCAAUUCUCCAGCCGUGGACCAGCACCAAAUUCACGGGCCGUAAUUAGCACCAAUUCACGGGCCGUAGACCGGGCCACGGCGUGCCAGAAAACGAUCCACGCAGAGGCAAAGCUCCGUCAACGGGAUGCAAGAAGCACGCGGAAGCAUGCUCCGUUCUGGUCCACGGAAAAACCGCUCUCAAUGGUGCCCGAAAGAUUGGGGGUUGGCGCUGUACACCAGGGGUCCCCAACGCACGAGGUAGACUAGGCCGAGAAACCACUGACACAAGAAAUAUUAGACCUGAUUGGUGCAGAAUAUAGUAGCAGAAUCUUGAAAAUUCUCCCCUUCGCUCCGGCUGGCACUGAAGAACAUCAAGGCAUACAGCUUUGAGGUUCUUUCUCACCCUUUCCUGUUUCCCUGGGGGGAAUCCAUGUUUUCCUAACAACUACCACGUAUUUAUGGGGGGGGGGGGGCUUACCCAUCUGUCAAUCCUUCGAGGUAGACCAGGCCAAGAAACCACCGACACAAGAAAUAUUAGACUUUAUCGGUACCGAUUAUAGUAGCAGAAUCUUGAAAACGGCUCCCCUUCGCUCCGGCUGGUACUGAAGAACAUCAAGGCAGGAGAGCCUUGAGGUUCUAUCUCACCCUUUUCUGUUUUCCUGAGGGGAAUUCACGUCGUCCUAACAGCUGCCGCAUAUUUUCCGCAAGGCCGUCUCUGUUGCCCUCUGCAUACACCAGGGGUGUAUGCAGGCCAGAAAAACCACUGACACAAGAAAUUGUCAACACUGCUAACGCCGGAUGUUAGGGAGAUGCAGCCAUUUUAGGGAUGUUAGGGAGAUGCAGCCAUUUUAGGGAUGUUAAGGAGAUGCAGCCAUUUUGUUCUACUUUCUUUUAGAGUUAGA